AUGGUGUUAGUGUGUGUCAUCAUACGUGUUACGCCGUUGUUAAGCUCUAUAUAACGGCCGCCAUUACCUAACGCAUCCCGUCUUUUGCAUUACCCGAAUAUAAACCUCAGAAUUUGCAGCUCGGCAAAAAGGACAAAACCCUAAAGCAUCUCUCUCUGAGAAAUUAGAGAACGUCUUCUUCUCUUAGUUAUUGAGCGAAAGGUUCGAAACUUGUUCGCGUUUGCGGCCGAAAAACCCAGAAUGGGAGACACCGAUAUGAGUGCGAUAAUCCCAGAUUCAGCGAUGGACUCAGUGAAGACUACCUUAACCAACUUGGAAGAAGUGGAGACGAACCUGCUUCAGUUCCUGUCCCUCACUGAUAAUGAUGCUAUUUCCGAGUUGCCUCCUCUCGAAAGGGCUCAGGCCCUGUUAAUGGUUGCCAAGGCCACAACCAUUCUCUUUGCAUUGAGAUUGAGGUGCAAUGGAGUUCACCCAGACGACCAUCCAGUCAAGGGCGAGCUCGAAAGACUGAACUUGUAUGAACAGAAGUUGGACCGUAUGAUGAAUUUGAGCAAAGCCCCAUUACGACGAUCCACCACCUUGAAUUACCAGGCGGCCACCCGCUUCAUUGAACAUUCUUUGCCUGACCUUACUUCUGAACAAAGGAAAAACAUGAGAGAUAUUAGUAGAGGAGAAGGGCACAGGAUGAACUAUACUGAGACAAGCUUGCCGAAGAAGAGAAAGUAUCCUUCAUCUGAAUCUGUGCAAGCUGCUGCCAAAGAAUUCUUGGAGAAAGCUGCCCGUGAGAUUGUUGGAGGGCAAGCAGGUAGCUUCAAAGGUCCCAUACAAAUUGACAGUGACACAGCAGAUGAGGAAGAAGCACCUGGGGCCUAAUUUCAUGAUAUGUUCUGGUAGUUUGCAGGAAUUGUCUGGGCCGAACUGAUUUGCUGGCAUGAUUGGGCGGACAAGUUGCCUUCUUGGAUCUUAUGUUGCUCUUGUCUGGUUAUUACCUUCUCCUGGGGGUGUUGCAGAAAGCAGUUGGAGGAUGACCACCCUGUGAAACGAGAAGCCCUUUCGAAGUUCAACUGGCAUAGAGAUUGUGCCUUGUUUCCUAUAAUCUGAACUGUAUUUCUCUAGUUAGUACAAUUGCUCUAUGCUCCUUUAUGGCUAGUUUUUAUGUUAUCUAGUAUGGCUGUUUGUAGAGGAAAUUGUAUUUGUAUGGCAUGUUUUGUGAUUGCCUUCAACUUGAGAUGGCCCUAGUAUGCUUCAAUAUCAUUCACCAUUCCAUUUGGCCGUAAGAUGAUGAAGUUUAUCAACAUAAGAAGCUUUAGUU